UCUAUUACAUUUAUUGAGUGUUGUUAAAAUGGCUGCUAUACGAAAGAAGUUAGUUAUCGUGGGUGACGGUGCAUGUGGUAAAACAUGUCUACUUAUAGUCUUUUCUAAAGAUAACUUUCCCGAGGUGUAUGUACCCACCGUGUUCGAGAACUAUGUAGCUGAUAUUGAAGUUGAUGGAAAGUGCGUGGAACUGGCGCUCUGGGAUACAGCAGGCCAGGAAGAUUACGACAGACUGAGACCUCUAUCGUAUCCUGACACAGAUGUCAUCCUCAUGUGCUUCGCUAUAGACAGCCCUGAUUCGCUAGAAAACAUCCCUGAGAAGUGGACUCCUGAGGUGAAACACUUCUGCCCGAGCGUUCCUAUAAUUCUGGUAGGAAACAAGAAAGAUCUGAGGAACGAUGAGGCUAUCAAGAGGGAACUAGCAAAACUGAAAUUAGAACCAGUAAAAGCAGAGGAGGGUCGACAGAUGGCCAGUACGAUCAAUGCUUAUGAAUAUCUAGAAUGCUCUGCUAAGACUAAGGAAUGCGUCAGGGAGGUGUUCGAAUCUGCGACCAGGGCCGCUCUGCAAACAAAGAAACGCAAGAAGAAGAUCUGUGAACUGUUGUAGACUGCAAUGACUGCACGCGUACGGUCGAGGACUUGCUGCUUGGCGCACUGUAAUGUCAUCACACGUGUCAUGACGUCACGUGACAUCACACGUGUCAUGACGUCACGUCAUCAUCCAAAUUACUGCAUGUCUACUUUAUAGCUCAUGAACUCACAAUUUUUAUAACUUUAUAGUUUAUACAACGUUGUUAUGGUAACGCAACACGGGGUCUCUCUUUUCGUUGCCAUGGUAACGCCUUAGUGUGCUCCAAUGAGCUUCGCGUCGCGUCAACGCAAUAUUUAUAUUGUUAGAUUUAAUUCAUAAUACAAGUACUUACUAAUAAGUACAAGUUAAUCAAUUUAUUGAUUAAUAUUCGUGUGAUAUAUUCGUAUAUGAUAUAUAGUUUUGUCCUUAGUAUUUUGAUAGAGGGUAUGAAUGAAUUGAGAGAAACUGAGUGUAUAACCAUCGUAUAAAUAAUAUAAUGUUUCAAACGUAACGACAUUUUAGGUAUUUUUAAAUUUUUGAGUUUUCACUUUUGAAAAAGUAAAUUAAUACGUUUGUGCUUGAUUAAUGGAUGCGCCAUAGAAUUGCUCUGAAAUGUACGGUCUGUGUUAUUAAAUAUGCAUUUCACAACAUAUAAUACAUUAUUGCAAUUGAAAAUUUGCGUUAAUGAAAAAUAUCCAGCAAUCGCCGAAGUACUUACUAUGUUGCAAAAAGUUAGUGAAUUUGAAAUUUUCACCGAUUUUUUCUAAUAAUUUUGAUAGAAAUCGAGAAAAGACUAUUGUGCAGUUUAUAUGAAUAGUGAUCGGUAUAUAGCAUUGGUUUUGUUAUAUAUUGUACAUACAACGCAAGGGUUACAAUACUUGUUCUUAUAUCAGGGGUCUCACAUUUCCCCCCCCCCCCGGCCCCCCCCUCACAUACCCGACAUUGCAAAUUACCUACACAGCGUCCCUUAUACCCACCAUAUUACCUACCAAUACUGACCACUCCUUACACCUCCUCACUCCUCAGUGCGAUAAACCUCUAUCUACACCCCCCGGCCCCCCCCCCCCCCCCCCCCAUGUGUAGUGUGUACAGACCCCUGAUUCUUAUACAUUUCUCUCUCUUUAUUGAGCUAUAGUAACUUAAUAAGCCUUGAAAUACAUUAGCUACAUUCAUCAUCAUAUCAAUAUGGAGUUUUUAAGAAAGGUAACAAUAAAUACCCUGCUCGAGUAGUUGGAAAGAGACCUUUAAUGAUUCUUCUGAUGACAUAUUAUAUGGUAACUAAGUUGCUAUGGUAACUACUAACUAAGUUACUAUGGUAACUAAGAAAUGUGGAUAUGUUUAAUUUAAAAACGUCUUAUGGAUAAUUUAAUUAGUGUACCCGUUUAGAACUUUAAAACAUUGUUAACACUUCCCAUACCCUGCACGUUUUGGGAAACGGUCCAAAAACCUUUGCUAUAAUGUUAAAUACCUUUUUAGGAACAUUUCAGUAAAUUCUAAUUAUCGAUUUCGGAAAAUAUUGGUUAUGCAUUGAUUCUAGUUAACUAGUUGAUUAGUAAACUAAUUUUGAGUUCAAGUAUAUUGAAAUGAGUUUGCCAAAGUGGUGCCCUUGAUUUAGACACUUGUGUAUCUUAUCACGUGAUCACGUGAUCUCUGUCACGUGUCCCUGGUCUCGCAGAUUAUGAUAUUAUAAAGACUCGUUACUAACUCGGGAUUGGUUUCAGCUCAAAAGAGACGAUUUUCUAAAAAGUGUAAUUCCAAUUGCAAUGCUUCUUUCUGAAUAAUCUGCUCCUUUAUAAAUAAUAAUAAUAAAUAUCAUAGUCGUGUUAAAUAAUUUAGUCUUAACCAUUGGAGAUUAAAUGAUUUUUUGUUACUCA